GCAGACGACAAUCUCCCUGUGUAACAAAUUGAAAUUUGAAGAGCUCGCCGGUUAAUUAGUCAUACUGAAUAUUUGUUGUUGGUUGUCAUGCUUUCAUCCAGCAUGACGAGAGUUUCUCCACAAUCAAUAGUUCUACGAAAGAAUAGCCCUAUUCUUAGUUUUAUCAGGACAAAAGUUUCUAAGAGAUUUUCGAACAAAAGCCAGGAGGAAUCAUUGCCAGUUUAUCAGUAUACUUCAGGCAAAAACGAAAAGAAGACAAAAGUUUUCACGUGGGGAUUAGCCGAACAUGGUGCAUUAGGAGAAAGAGAGUUUUUGAAACCAAUCAGACAAGGGCGAAGACCAGUUGAAUAUAUGCACAGACCGUACAGAUUGGGAUUUGCAGACGAAAAUGAAGUUACAGAUAUCGCAGCUGGUUAUGGAUUUACAGUGUUUGCUGCCAAAAGCAAGAAAUCAUCAUCACAACUUUUUGGAACAGGCCUUAAUACAGACUCACAAAUUGGUUAUCAUUCUGUAAGGAAAGAUCACCCAUUAGAACUCAUUGUAGAGCCUGUUCCUAUUCAUCUACCUAAUGAUAAAACUUCCGUCGCCGGAGUUGCAUGUGGAAGGGCUCAUACUCUUGUUCUUACGGGAAAAUCCGAAGUUUUAACACUAGGACAUAAUGGUUAUGGGCAAUGCGGUCGACACAUAGUUGAAAAUGAAGAUUAUCAGCGUCAGUCAACAGUUCACACAAUUCGGAUUGACGAAAAAAUUUCUCAAGUCGCAUGUGGACAAGAUCAUUCGAUGUUUAUAUCAGAUCAAGGAUCAGUGUGGGCGUGUGGUUGGAGCGCAGAUGGACAAACUGGUUUAGGGCAUUAUAAUAAUACAGAUCGAAUUUCCAAGUGUGUUGGAGAUAUCGUUGGAGAGAAAGUCAUUAAAGUGACAAGCAGUGCUGAUUGCGUUCUUGCGCUAAAUGAUAAAGGGCAGGUCUUUGGAUGGGGAAAUUCAGAAUAUGGUCAACUACGCCUAGCCACCGCCGAAAUGCAAUUGCAUACGCCACGUCAUUUACCCCUUCCAUCUAGUUUGGGGAAAAUAGUUGAUGUUGCGACAACAGGGACAGCUUGCUUAAUACUAAAUGAUGCUGGAGAAGUAUUUGUUUGGGGCUAUGGAAUCCUGGGGAAAGGCCCCGUGGUGGACCGGAGUCAAGAACCAACCGCCAUCCCAUUAACCUUGUUUGGCUGUAACGAAUUCAAUUCAGAGAUAAAAGUAACAUCUGUAUUUGGUGGACUAAGCCAAUUUGCUGCCAUAACAAAUACUGGUGAUCUCUACAUUUGGGGAAGAAAUAGAUUUGGAUCCCUUGGCCUAGGGCAUCUUCAUAAUCAAUUUUUCCCUAUAAAGAUAAGUAUUCCCGGAUACGUAAAGAAAUUUAGUAUUGGUGUAGACCACUGCGUUGCUCUGUGUAAAUCUUACGUUUAAAUUUAUUCUAAGUAAAAAUAAAUGAAUUCUAUUCGA